AGGGGAGAGAGAGCUUCUUAUCUCACCACGCGAGGCGCAGCGAGGGACAGGCUCAUGAUUUCACCUCUCCUCCCACAAAAGGCCCAGGCUUUUCUGGCCGUUUUAUAAUUAGGGAAGUUCAUAUUUAUCUCCUCCGUGGGUCCAAAGAGAGGGUGAACUUGAAAAUAAGCUCAGCGGUCACAAGCCCCACGAACAUCCUCUCAACCACUCCUCACACUCGCUCUGGGCCGCUGUUUCUCCUUGCCUCACAUUGCACUUGAACGUAUCAAGCUGACUUUCAAACUUCUGCGUAGUCAGAGUGUACUUUUCUCUCUCAUCGAAGUUUUUAUUCCCUGAUGUACCUCCGGCCUAGACAACUUAGGACCAGGUUUUAAGCGAGCAACCAUCACAUAGAGGUCCUACGUGAACGGAUGGUUAGGGGUGUAGUAAGAGGAGAAAGAGACUUCAGAAAGGUACGCAUCUAAAAUAUAAAUAGAGAGUAGAAUAAAAAAAUGGAUGGUAGGAACCAAAAAGGUAGACUUAGCAGAGAAGGAGUAGGGGCUGGGGGGUGGAAGAUGGAAGAGGGGGAUUGCAGAUGAUAAAGGUUGAUGUGUCCAUGUGUGAUUCCCCCAAAACUUGGCUCUUAUGGGCCACAGACGUACACGAAUGAUAAGAAAAUGACGGUGAAGUCACCGUGGGCGCAUGAAUCCACCUGUGCUUCUGGACCCGGCUGUCCAGACACCUCCCCUUCCAGCAUCUGCUCAGCUGCCCAGCCCUUCGCCACGACACAGGCCCUCUGGGCAUCAGUCCUGGUAUCCAGCUGGCCUUCACGGCUGCCGUACAGGUACCAGACAUGGGGAAGGAGCUUCAGAUGAGUCCAGCUCAGCCACCGUGGAGCAGAGAUGCGGAGACCAGCGCCUUGUCCGGAAGCCUGGCCCUGAGAAUCCACAAGCUAACGAAUGCUCAUUGAUUAAUACCAGAAAAGAGAAGAGCAGGUGCUCUAGACCUCUGGAGAUCAGCAAUCUGGAGACCAUUGUGUCACUUCCUGGGGGAGAGAGCCUGCGGGGCUUCGUGCUGGUGACGGUUCUGGUGGAGAAGGCAGCAGUGCCUGGAAUUAAGGCCCUUACUCAAGCGACCAAUGCCAUCCUGCAGCCCAACGAGGACACCCUGCUCAAAGCCUUGCAGCGCCUGAGACUCUCCAUCCAGGACAUCACUAGGACCUUGGGGCAAAUGCACGAUUAUGUAGACCCAGACAUAUUUUAUGCAGUCAUCCGGAUCUUCCUCUCUGGGUGGAGCGGUAACCCAGUGAUGCCCGGGGGCCUGGUAUAUGAGGGGGCCUCCACCGAGCCCCUCAAGUACGCUGGAGGGAGCGCUGCUCAGAGCACAGUGUUUCAUGCCUUUGACGCGUUCCUGGGCGUUCGGCAUAGUGAGGAAAGCGCUGACUUUCUGUACAGAAUGAGGGACUACAUGCCUCCCUCACAUAAGGCCUUCAUAGAGGAAAUCCACUCAGGUCCUUCGCUGAGGGACCACGUCCGGGCCCCUGGCCACGCCCGCUGUCUGCAAGCUUAUAACCUGUGUCUGGAGGCCCUGGUGGAGCUGCGUAGUUACCACAUCACCAUGGUGACCAAGUACCUCAUCACAGCUGCAGCCAGAGCCAGGAGCAGGGGCCCAAGCCAUCUCCCAGGAGGCCCCCGGGCUUUGGAAAACAGAGGCACUGGUGUCAGAGGCAGCACCUGUUCUCUGUUAGAAACCAAGAGCAGCGGGUUCCCAGAUCCCGUGUGUCCCUGGCUGACGGUACUCUUCUCCCAAGAGAAGGCGAUCUUGGGGCCACAGCGACUUCCCUUGGGAUAACCAGCGUUUUAAAAGACCAACGGCAUCAUUAUUAUAUCAUUAAAAUAUGCAAAAAUAAGCACCUAUUGGAA